AGUGACCUAUUAAACUUGAGGAACAAGAGCACACAGUACUACUCGUAUUCAAUACGGAGUACUCGAACUUUUUGACUUGUCACACUUACCGAAGCUCUCUAAUUUCUCUAAAUCCUCCAUAGUUAACCACUUUCAUCUUCUUCCAAAUUGUUAAAUCACUCUAAUUUCUUCCAAAUUUUGACUGCAUGAUUUUAAUUUUGAGUUUUAGGCACGAAAAUGGAAAUACCACUGAAGAAGAAGAAGAAGAAGAAGAUGAAGGAUUGCGACAGUGGAGAAGAAGAUAGAAUCAGCAAUUUGCCAGAUAACAUUCUCGUUUCCAUUAUCUCUCUCCUUCCGGUGGAUUCCGCCGCCCGUACCUCGGUAUUAUCCAACCGAUGGAAACCUCUCUGGACCCAAAUUACUCAACUAUCUUUCCCACCACCACUCGCUUCCGGCGACGAUUUAAGGUUUUCCUCAGGCAUUGAUGAUUUAGAACGCGAACAAUUACGUCUACCUAGUUGUUUGUUAACUAACAUUAGGAGGGUAGAAUUCCAUGUAGCCGGGGAUGAAUUUGAGAUUGUUUUGCUUCAACUUAUUUUGGCCAAUUCCCCGAGUUUGGAAUUCAUUGGCGAUUGUUACGACAUAGGCGAGUUACAGACUGAGUUUGAUUUAUGCAUGAAGGUAUUUGGUUUUCCAAAUAUUUCAAAAUGUAUUGUUAAAUUUUCUGGGCGUUUGAUGACAACUACAAGCAACGAUUUCAAAGAUGGGGUUCUUUCUUGCCAAAUCAAAGCCAAUCAAUGUUGAAUCAUCUCUAUUACUCAGGUAUAUUUCUGAUUCUAUUGAUCAUCUUUUUUCUUUUCUCUUUUCUCUUUUCUCUUUUAUCUUUUGUGUUACAUACCCUGUAUUGGCCUCCUUAAUUGUGAAAAUAUCGUGUGCGGAAUCUCCUCCCGUGUAUGCUGAUAUGCGAAGAUGAUGAUUUCGAAAUAAUGUUCAACCAGAAGCCCAAUCUUUUGUAUUUAUACCUUAUGAAAUACAGAGAUGAUAAUUUUGUUUUUGUCA